AAGGAAGCGUUUUUAGGAUAAAAGUUUGGGGUUUUUUUUCUUUUCUGGGAAGCGCAGAAGAAAAUUGAAUGGCUGUGGCUACAGCUCCGUCGCUAAACCGCCAUUUCCUACGCCGCGUCUCGAACCCUUACUCGAGAGUGAAGAAACGAAGACCAUGGCUAACUCCAGGAGACUCUACCCUUUUUUAUUCUCGCCGGAAUUGGGAUUCCCAUCUCCUUGUUUUCGCCUCCUCUUCUUCUCCGUCUCCGUCGUCUUCGCCUUCAUCUCCAAAUUCUCCGACGGAUGAUCUCACUGCUGAGUCGUGCGUCAACACUGGUCUUGAUCUCUUUAAGAGAGGACGGGUCAAAGAUGGUCUUGUUAAGUUUGAGACGGCACUGAGUUUGAAUCCAAAUUCUAUCGAGUCACAAGCUGCUUACUAUAACAAAGCGUGUUGUCAUGCUUACCUGGGUGAAGGAAAAAAAGCUGCUGAUUGUUUGAGAAUUGCGUUGAGAGAUUAUAACCUAAAGUUUGCCACGAUUCUUAACGAUCCUGACUUAGCAUCCUUUCGUGCAUUACCCGAGUUUAAGGAGCUGCAAGAAGAGACUAGGUUAGGCGGGGAAGAUAUUGGCAAUAGUUUCCGGAGAGAUCUAAAACUUAUAAGUGAAGUACGAGCACCGUUUCGUGGUGUUAGAAAGUUCUUUUAUUUUGCAUUUGCAGCAGCAGCAGGUAUCUCAACGUUCUUUACCGUACCAAGACUGAUUCAGGCAUUUAAAGGCGGUGAUGGUGCUCCAGAUCUUCUGGAAACUACGGGAAAUGCUGCAAUUAACAUUGGCGGUAUUGUUGUUCUGGUUUCAUUAUUCCUUUGGGAAAACAAGAAAGAGGAAGAACAAAUGGUUCAAAUAAAUCGAGACGAAACUCUUUCCCGGCUGCCUCUACGUCUGUCAACCAACCGAGUUGUUGAACUUGUGCAGCUAAGGGAUACAGUUCGACCGGUUAUUCUGGCGGGGAAAAAAGAGACUGUUACACUCGCGAUGCAAAAAGCAGAUAGGUUCAGAACUGAGCUCCUAAGAAGAGGUGUUCUCUUGGUUCCUGUGGUAUUCGGUGAACGUAAAACACCGGUAACCGGAAAAAAAGGCUUUGGGGCUUCUUCAAAGGCAGCUACAUCUCUUCCUUCAAUUGGGGAAGAUUUUGAUUCACGGGCUCAAUCAGUAGUAGCACAAUCGAAGCUGAAAGGUGAAAUCAGGUUCAAGGCCGAGACUGUUUCGCCUGGUGAAUGGGAAAGGUGGAUAAGAGAUCAACAGACAUCUGAAGGAGUUGACCCAGGUGAUGAUGUGUACAUUAUACUGCGGUUAGAUGGUCGAGUCCGCAGAUCGGGUAGAGGGAUGCCGGACUGGGCAGAGAUAUCGCAGGAGUUGCCGCCGAUGGAUGACAUGCUCAGUAAGUUAGAAAGAUGAAGCUUUCUUACGUAUCGUAUCUUCCUAAAAGUAAAAAACCUAGAAGAGACUAGCGAGAGCUCGUAGGAGAAGAAAAGGCCUGUACUUUUUGUUGGUGUUCACAAGUCCACAUGAGAUUGAUACUUGUAUUUAUAUAUGUGAACAACAGUUUCUACAUAUUUUAAAAAGAAACUAUUUUGUAUCAUUUCGGUAACUUCUCUCUUAAUUGAGUCACUGAUGAACGAAUUACAUGUAGGUUUAAGCUUAAA